GGGUGUGCCAAUCCCCACCCCUGCUCCAGUCACACUCGCUUAACUUGAUAUCUGUUUACUCCAGAGGGAGCGGGCUUUGAGAAGAGAUCAUAAAUAUCUUGGCCCAAUGCCCUAGCAGCCAUAACAAGGAAAAGAACAUACUAGCAGGAAGAUAACGUUUGAAAUAUUUAAAUGUGUGGGUUAAAAUUUUAUCCACGCUAAUAACUGGAUAUAUUUUUUUUCUUCAGAUUACUUCCUAUUUUUUGCUCUUUAUUUCUGCCCCGAAGCUGCAGAUACAAGGAACUAACUCUGCAGGCAAAAUCGGCCAGAGCAUACUGCCGGAUAACCCUGUAAGGACUGCUUCAUUUUGCACAGUACCUGGGUGGCUGUUCCUUCUUCUCCGAAAUGGCAGGUGUGAGUGGCUGCUUAAAAUAUUCCAUGUUUUUCUUCAACUUCUUGUUCUGGAUAUGUGGUACAUUGAUCCUGGCACUAGCAAUAUGGGUGAGAGUCAGCAAGGAUGGCAAAGAGAUGGUUGCUUCUGGAGUUAAUGGCACGAACCCCUUCAUUGCUGUGAAUAUCUUGAUCGCGGUGGGGGCCAUCAUUAUGGUCCUGGGCUUUCUGGGAUGCUGCGGUGCCGUGAAAGAAAGCCGCUGCAUGCUUCUCUUGGUGGGUUCCAGACCAAUCCCAGCAUCCACCCUCCAGACUCCUGGGGUUGUCUGUAACCGGGAUCUGCAAAAGACUUUCAAUUUUCAGUCUAGCCGCCUUCUGAAUGAAACGCUCCAUGAAAAUGUAAAACUUUUGACUAACACAACUGAGGAGGCAGAAGAAUUCCAGAAGGCCAUGAUUUCAUUUCAAGCAGAGUUUAAAUGCUGUGGCUUGGUCAACGGAGCUGAAGAUUGGGGAAGUAAUUUUAAAAACGACGCUCAAGAGUCAUGCAAAUGUCCCAAUACGACAGGAUCUCAGUGUGCUCCUUAUCAAGGAUUUAAUGUUAACACACAGACCUGCCUUUCUCUGAUAAAAGAUCUGGUUGAAAAGAACAUCAUCAUAGUCAUUGGAGUUGCUUUCGGACUGGCAGUUAUUGAGAUUCUUGGUUUGGUGUUUUCUAUGGUGCUGUACUGCCAGAUUGGGAGCAAAUGAAUCUGCAGAUUUACCAAGUAAUCCUAAACACCAUUUAAGUUUUUGCUUUGGCUUUGUAACUUUAUAUAAGCGAGUACUGUAAAUACCAGGAGCAAAUGUCUUAUUAAAAUGUCUUGUCUAGGCUCACUACAGAUAUUUUCACACAUACUCAGCAUAUUUAAUUGUGAGGGACAGAAAAAGAAUGAAUGUGUAUUUUUUUUUUUCUCAAAAUAAAAAGUGUUUACGUUGA